UUAUUCAGACAGGCAUCGUCUGUUUCUCAGCUGCAGACAGAAUAACAGCUGGACUCUGAGCUGAAGAUCUUGUCUGAAGCUUCAUGAUGGACUGGGCUCUGCUCUCCAUGUGCUUCCUUGCUGUGGUGAUUCCAGCAGAAGGACAAACAGCCUCGUGGCAGAAAGGAAAUCUGCAGGGAUGGAUGUUCAAUGUGGUGUCUGGUGGAGAAGUCCGGUUCCGUUCAGAUGCUCCUGCUAAUGUCACCGGGCUCACCGUCUGCAUGAGGGUCCUGAUUGAGAACCCCUACUACAGAGUUCAGCUCACGUUCGGGAACAGCACUGAUGGAAUCUCUUACACGGGACCCGUUACCACUAAUCCUCUUUACUACUUAGAUAUAGAAGGUGCCACUGUGAGCUUCAAGACAAUCUCAGUGUCUUUUGAGCAGCAGUGGCCGUGGAGGAACAGGUGCUUCACCUGGGAGUCCAGCAGCAGAAUGGCUCAGCUGUGGUUUGAUGGGAGAAUGAGCAUCCGCAAAAGCGUUGGCAGAGGACAGGUGUUCUCUGGCCAGGCUGAGCUAACGAUAUCAGAAUUUGAGGGUCAGGUGUCCGACGUCUACGUCUGGGACUCGGCUCUUUCCGUGAAGCAUCUCUACUGUUACCUCGCUCUCAGUCACAGCUUCCCACCCGGCAGCGUUCUGGACUGGAGGCACAUUCAGUACAGCACCAGUGGCUACGCUCUGCUGGAGCCCACUUACCUUAGACCCUUUUCAGAGAAGCCCACCAGACGCAGGAAGCACAAACGAGAACGCGGGCUGAGAAAAGAUAAAAGAAGAUUUUAUGAACAGUAACAACACAAUCCACAACCUUCAUGAUGAAACGGGGGUCUAACGAAUCAUAAGAGCCUUUAUUUCUCUUAUUUACUCCUCUGUUCGGGCUCCGCUGUGUUCACCCAGCCUCUUCACCCAGCGAGCAGUCAGAUCUCACCACAUAUCUUCUCGCUGAUGUUCUUCACUCGUACGCUUUUUGUAGCCACCUCGAUUUCUUGCAGAACGCUUAUAGUUAUGUGAUAUUCUUGCAUGUAGACCAUGUUUAAGACCUACUCCACACUUAAAUAGAUGGUUCUUCAGGUGUUCUUUAAAAAAGGCAAUGGUUCUUUAAGGAUCAUAAACACUCAUAGAACCCUUUUCAUGCUAAAAUGGCUCUUUGCAUGGUGAGAUGGCCUUUUUUAGGUUGAUAGAGAAUGUAUUGUAUAUGGUUCUAUAUAGCACCAAAAGGAGUUCUUCUACAUCUUACACGCUUGCCAUCAUAACAAUAGCAGAACCCUUUUUGGUGCAAUAUAGAACCACUGUCAAAAAGGCUGUAUAUAGAACCAUUUUCUUUAGUAAAGAACCCUAUCAACCCUUGUGUUACUCUUUU